CUCUUCUUCAGCAGCCUGUGGAUAUGGACUUUGGUUGUGGGAUAUCUGUUGACCAUUUCAUUCAAGUGGAAUGCAAGCACUGAACGUUACUUAAGAGCAAUUUCUAUACCUGUCUGGAUAAUACUGCUCUUCCACUUAGCUUCUGUGGCUGGUUCCUGGAGGAUUCCAGUGUUUCUGGUUAUAGUUUUUCUGAUGACUGUGGGCAUGGUGCAUGAGCAACAGAAUGGAAAGGAAUCUUCUGGGACAGAACUUCCUGGUCAGAUGAUUUCCAUUGCUGCUUCUACAAUUGCCAUGGCAAUAUCGGUCACAGGAUAUGAGUCAAGUAGUGAGAAACACUCACCCCUACCCCCAGAAACAGCAGAAAGUGAGCAAGCCUCAACCUCUUCAUUUUCUUCCUCUUCAUCUACUUCUGGUGUCAAACAAAGACCUGAGAUGGGAACUUUUCUUAGAAAGAAGAAAACCAGUGAUAUCUACUUCGUAACACUUGUAUGGGCCAUUGUCCUAGUCCAAAUCUGGUUGAAUCUCUGGAUUGUGCAGUUACUGCCAGUGCCUGUUGCAGUUUGGGUUCUUAAAAAACUUGUGGUGCACUUUGGCGUUGUAAACUUUAUGGCAAAACGCUGCAGUUGUUGGUGGCAUGUUCUGGAAAACUUUGUGAAGGAGCGGCAGGAGGCUCUUGCUCCACGGCCCAUCAGAGGGCUUGGAAGAGUCAUGCUAAAACUUGACAGUAAGCUGUGGCACUGGCUUAAUAAGAAGAUGAUCGUGUGGCUGGAGAAAAUGCUUGAUAAAAUCAUUAGCAUUUUCAUAAUAUUUUUGCUAGUGAUAGGAACCCUUCUCCUAGCCCUGCUCCUUACGGCAAAGGUACAUCAAGAAAGCGUUCACUUGAUUCAAGUCACAAGCAGCUUGAUCAAUGAGACUGUUGCCAAUCACCCAGAAUGGGCAAACUGGCUUCCAGAAGCUCAGGUUUUUCAAAAAGCUCUCAAUUCGGCUGCUAACAAUGUAUAUCAGUAUGGCAGAGAAUGGAUUACACAUAAGCUCCAUAAGAUAUUGGGAGAGAAAGUGAACAACACGGCUGUGAUUGAAAAACAAGUGUUAGAGCUCUGGGACAGACUUUAUCACUCGUGGUUUGUGAAGAAUGUAACAUAUUCUGGAAGACACAAAGGACAAAAGUUGCAUAUAAAUCGUCAGAACAGCUGGCUGGGUGACAUUCUGGACUGGCAAGAUAUUGCUUCUUUUGUUCAUGAGAACAUCGAGACAUUUCUUUCAAUUCUGGAAUCCUUGUGGAUAGUGAUGAGUCGUAAUUUAAGCCUACUCUUUACCACAAUAACAACAUUAGUGACAAUCCUCUUCUACAGUGGGACAGCCCUUCUCAAUUUUGUGCUCUCACUGGUGAUUUUCCUGACCACGCUGUUUUAUCUGUUAAGUUCCAGUGAUGAGUAUUAUAAACCAGUGAAGUGGGUGAUUAGCUUGACACCUUUGUCACAGCCAGGCCCAUCAUCAAAUAUAGUUGGCCAGUCUGUAGAAGAAGCCAUAAGGUAUGAUGUUGUUGCUUUCCCACUAGGUGUGAAAAACAGUUGUUCUGUGAGUGAAAUAUUUUUGUUGUAUGAAUAUUGAAUAAUUUUAGUUUCAUUUAAUUUUAACUGGUCAUGCUAAGGGUGUACAGUUGUGGUUGCUCAUAUUUCAAGGACUUAAUAUAUGUUAACAGACCACUGUUUCCCUAUUGGGAUGAGGCAGAGAAGUAAAUCUUGAUCCAGAUUGUUCCAUACUAAACAUGCCAUCUCUGUUCUGCCUGCCAUAAAUUAUUGGAACUUUUUUGAAAAAUACAUUUUACUGAGACAUCUUAUGAUACAGCUAUUUUUAUGUACUGUUACUUAUUUUGUAAUAAUUAACUAAAGAUGUUCCUACAUAUUCUUUCACUUUAGCAACUUACAAACAUAGAUGUGGUUGAACGAUACUUGACUUUUUACUUUUUGUCCCAUGAUAUGAGAGGAUAGGGGAGCUGUAAUGGCAGAGGCUAUCAUCUUUGAUUGAUUUGUGUGCAUCUCAUUGGGUUACUAAGUAGAGGUGCACUAAAUAAACUCAUCCUGCUUCUGUACUUCAGUGCCCAGUCAGUUUCUCCCAUAUUGUCUAUCCAUGACCCUGUACAUUUUAUAUA